UUGUGAGUGGUGUGUACCUGUCCGUAUAUGCAUAGACAAACAGUUAGCUUGUUUUCAAUACGCAAAUAAAGUAAUAAAACCUUAAACCCUGGUGUCAAAGCUCAAAUUUAAGGCCGCAACAUACGGUGCGAGCUUAAUUGAUUGCCAUUUACCGUUAACGUCAACAAACGGAAAACAAGAUCUGCCGUGUUUAAACAGAUCUACCUGCGUGGGGCUCUUUUGUAUCGAUUAUCCUUUAUAACCGCCCACGCCUGGCACUCCCCCUCCGAGACAGCUCUCGUCCAUCUGUGGGAAUAAUCAAUACACAACAACAAAGUCAUGGUGCGGUCUAGUGAUAAGCAGCAACAGUAGGGCCGCAGCCCAGCCCCCAGCCCACCGCCCACAAAAGCAACCAACCAAUCGAGCAACCCAUCACCCCCAUCGUCAAACCGCAUUGACAGGAAGAACAGUCAAAAGCAAUUACCAUUCUCCAUCCCCCAUUCCCCCAAGCGCACCUGCAAUUUCCGUUGCCUAGAAAAAAACGAUGACACGCGAAGAACGUCAACGAAUUGUGGACACGUCGAAUAGCAGCAGCAGCGGUGAGGAUGAGGCCAGGCCUGUGGUGCGGAGGCGGAGCAUCCGCGACACGGUGCUGUCGCCGCCCAAGGAGGAUACGGGAUGCUGUGAUCCCUCCAGCACGCCGCACCGUUUUCUCGCACUGGUGUUUAUGUGCCUCCUGGGAUUUGGUUCCUACUUUUGCUACGAUAACCCCGGGGCUCUGCAGGAUGUUUUCCAAAAGGAGCUGGACCUCAACUCGACCGAAUUCACGCUGAUCUAUUCUAUCUACUCGUGGCCGAACAUUGUGCUCUGCUUCGUGGGCGGUUUCCUGAUCGAUCGCGUCUUUGGCAUCCGUCUGGGCACCAUCAUCUAUAUGCUGAUUGUGCUCGUCGGGCAGUUGAUAUUCGCCACUGGCGGUGUCCUGGGUCAUUUUUGGUUGAUGAUCAUUGGUCGCUUUGUGUUCGGCAUUGGAGCAGAGUCGCUGGCUGUGGCCCAGAACAGCUAUGCGGUGCUGUGGUUCAAAGGCAAGGAAUUAAAUAUGGUCUUUGGCCUGCAACUGUCGGUGGCCCGCUUCGGCAGCACCGUAAAUUUUUGGAUAAUGCAGCCCCUGUAUGGCUAUGUCUCAAAAUCGUACGCUGGCUACACUGGACUGGGUGUGGCCCUGUUUCUGGCCUCCACCACCUGUGUCAUGUCUUUGAUUUGCACUCUGAUUCUGGGUUGGAUGGACAAACGGGCCGAGCGCAUUCUGAAGCGUAAUAACAAUCCGGGUGGAGAGAUUGCCAAGCUGAGCGACAUAGUCACCUUCAAGAUGGAUUUCUGGAUGGUAUCGGUGGUGUGCGUGGCCUACUAUGUGGCCAUCUUCCCCUUCGUUGCCUUGGGACAGGCCUUCUUCGUGAACAACUUCCACAUGACGCCAGACGAGGCGAACACUGUCAACUCGAUUGUCUACCUGAUCUCGGCUAUUGCCUCGCCAUUGUUUGGAUUCAUCAUCGAUAAGGUGGGGCGCAAUGUAACCUGGGUGUUCUGUGCCACCAUCUCCACGUUUGUGGCUCAUGCUCUGCUGACAUUCACCCACCUGGACCCGUACAUUGGCAUGAGCAUUAUGGGGCUCUCCUAUUCCAUGUUGGCUGCCAGUCUUUGGCCGUUGGUUUCCCUGAUUGUUCCCGAGUAUCAGUUAGGCACAGCAUAUGGCUUCUGCCAGUCUGUACAGAAUUUGGGCCUGGCUGUAGUGACCAUUGUGGCUGGCAUCAUUGUGGAUAGUAGUGGUGGCAGCCACUUCUGGCUGCAGCUCUUCUUCAUGUUGUUCUUGCUGAUUUCUCUGAUGGCAACCUGUGCGAUCUGGGCCUACAAUCGCAAACAUCAGGGCAAUUUGAAUAUGUCGCCAGCACAGCGGGCCACGUACCACACAUCGAUCUCAAUCCGACGCGCAACUGUGGAUCGACGGCCUCUUUUGGGCCACUAAAAAUGUACUACUAUACUAACUAUACUCGCAUAAGAACAAAUAACCCAAUUGUGAUGUUACCGCCAUCUCUCUAUAGUACUUGACUUGUUAUGCAACGUUGGAGCACAUUCUGCUAACCGCACAAAUGUCGUGGAUCCUUGGUCGUUAUCGUAUUCGUAUUCGUUCCGUUCAACUCCUAGCCAAUAUCCAAAUACUAUUAUACAUAUCAGUAUAUGCAGAAAUUAUUGUUAUAAUUGUGGAUUAUUGUUUUGUUUUAAAAUAAAUUAAUGUAAAUGUACAUUCACCGAAAAAAGCAAAAUUAAAUGCA